GCUACUAGCAAAGCAACACCUUCUCUUCCGGGGACAGUCGACGCUCAUUGGUGAGUGUAGGUAGCAGUUUUGCCUUGUCCUCUUCCUCGAUUGAAGAGCGUGUAUAGGAGUCGUGCUCGAAGACGAGCAACCGUCGCCAUCAUUAGAACCGAAAACGUCAACAUGUCGGACUUCGACGAGUUCGAACGGCAGCUGAACGAGAACAAACAAGAACGUGACAAAGAGAACCGGCACAGAAAACGCAGUCAUAGCCGUUCUAGAAGCAGAGACCGAAAACGGAGAAGCCGCAGCAGAGACAGAAGACCUAGAGAGCAACGUAGUGGAUCCAGGGAUCGUCGACGACGCAGCUCCACUGACCUAUCCAAACCAGGAAGUAACAGGACCAGUUCUCUGCUUGAAGGCCAGGGGGGUGUAACCAGCCGUUCUCCAAGACAUGAAAAGAAGAAGAAGGUCCGCAAAUAUUGGGAUGUCCCACCUCCUGGCUUUGAGCAUAUUACACCGAUACAGUACAAAGCCAUGCAAGCUGCUGGUCAGAUUCCUGCUACAGCUUUACUUCCGACAAUGACUCCCGAUGGUUUGGCUGUUACACCCACUCCAGUGCCUGUUGUGGGUAGUCAGAUGACUAGACAGGCUCGCCGACUCUAUGUUGGAAAUAUACCAUUUGGCAUCACUGAGGAAGCUAUGAUGGAUUUCUUUAAUGCUCAGAUGCGCCUUGGCGGAUUAACACAAGCACCUGGUAACCCAGUUCUGGCAGUCCAGAUCAAUCAAGACAAGAACUUUGCUUUUCUGGAGUUCCGUUCUGUUGAUGAAACAACACAAGCAAUGGCUUUUGAUGGCAUAAUUUUUCAGGGCCAGUCACUUAAGAUUCGCCGCCCCCAUGAUUAUCAGCCUUUGCCUGGCAUGUCAGAAAAUCCGUCUGUUUAUGUACCAGGAGUGGUAUCCACUGUUGUCCCAGACUCUGCACACAAGCUUUUCAUUGGAGGUUUACCCAACUAUCUGAAUGAUGACCAGGUAACCAUGGCGUCAUUAAGCCUAUGGGUUAAAGAGUUGCUUACAUCUUUUGGACCUUUGAAAGCCUUUAAUUUGGUUAAAGACAGUGCUACAGGGCUUUCUAAGGGAUAUGCAUUCUGUGAAUAUGUGGACAUCAAUGUCACAGACCAGGCUAUUGCAGGUUUAAACGGAAUGCAACUAGGAGAUAAAAAACUUCUGGUACAGAGGGCAAGUGUUGGGGCUAAAAAUGCAACACUGAGCACAAUAAACCAAACUCCAGUAACCCUUCAAGUUCCAGGACUAAUGAGUUCACAAGUUCAAAUGGGAGGGCAUCCUACAGAGGUGUUGUGUCUGAUGAAUAUGGUGCUUCCAGAAGAGCUGUUGGAUGAUGACGAAUAUGAGGAAAUUGUAGAAGAUGUAAGAGACGAGUGCAGUAAAUAUGGCAUUGUAAAAUCCCUUGAAAUACCAAGGCCAGUUGAUGGUGUUGAGGUACCUGGUUGUGGCAAGAUCUUCGUGGAAUUCACUUCAGUUUUUGAUUGCCAGAAAGCCAUGCAAGGACUCACAGGACGCAAAUUUGCUAAUAGAGUGGUGGUUACAAAAUACUGUGAUCCUGAUGGCUAUCAUCGUCGGGAUUUCUGGUAGCGUUUUUGUUAAUGAGAAAAUAGCUGUACUUUAGAAGAGGUGGAAACUGAACAGGAACCAUCACCACCUUCUUCUACCAUUUCCUAACCACCCACCCCCUUAUUUUUUUAUGUCUUGCGCAUAUGCGCCAAAUCAACCUUUCAAGUUUUUGUUAUUUGGGUUUUUUUUUUUUCGUUUUUUUUUCUUUUUUUAAUCCUUCCUUUUAUAGUUCCAGUUUAACUACAUCACUGCUCCUUUAAAGAAAAUAUUCAAGUAGUCUUUUCAUUGUCAAAUCCCUUCACAUUAUCUAUUAAACCUGGGAAUAUUCUCUUGAUGCCCCUUCCCCUUCCAGAGGACCAUGGAAAAACCUUUGGUUAUACUGUAGUAAAAUGUUGUCUUUCCUUAAUUCUGUGACAGUUUCAUAUUUGUGAAAGACAAAUCAUUAAAACACUUGUUGUAUUUUACAUUUAUUGUGAAUUUAUUUCUCCCCCUGCCAAUUGUCAAUUUAAAGUGUAGGGUUUUUUCCUUUUCUUUUCUUUUUUUUUUUUUUAUAUAUAUAUAUAUGCCAUUUAGAUCUGUUAACAUGAAUGCAAAUGGCUGUCAACCUGCUUUUAAAUUUUCUAAUUAAGUGUCCAUAUAAUGGAAAACUCUUGAAUUGGGAAUAGCCAGAAUAUGAACUUGGUAGAAUUCCUCUUUAGUUUUAAUGCAUAGUAAAAGGUGUGCAUAUAUGACAUGUCCUCUUGUGUAUUUUGAAAAUAGCCCCUCUUUCAAGUGAAAUAAACAUGCUUUUUGGUCUUCUA